AUGAACCUCGCUUUGUUGCAUGACCGCGAUGACGAAGACUAUCCCCGACCCCUGAAGCGACAAAAGACCUCUCGUUCGAACGCGGAGAAUGACUUGCCAUAUGAUCGCUAUACUAUAGCUUGGGUUUGCGCGCUGUACAUCGAGACGGCUGCAGCUCUGGCUAUGCUGGACGAGAAGCAUGCCGAACUACCGAGACGUCUUAACGAUAAUAAUACCUAUACGCUUGGCAGGAUCAAGAAUCACAACGUUGUUAUCGCAAGCUUGCCUCAAGGUCAAUACGGGAAUAUUAAUGCUGCAAGCGUGUUAACAAACUUGAAGCGUACCUUUCCAUCAAUCCGGCAUGGGUUGAUGGUCGGUAUCGGCGGUGCAGCACCUGCCAAAGAAGACAUUCGCUUAGGCGAUAUUGUUGUGGGAACAAGAGUCAUGCAAUAUGACCUUGGGAAGAUUGUGAGUGGUGGUGGAAUUCAGCGAACAGCCAUCCCUAGGUUUCCUGAGCAAUCUCUAUGCACGGCUAUAGCAAACCUGCGAGCCAAUCAUGAAACACACCCUACUCGGGUUAUGGCCAUCAUCCAGGAAAGAAUGCAGAGACACAUGGACUACCACCGGCCUGGCGCACCUGACCGUCUAUUUCAGGCAUCAUACGAACACGACCGGUCAAUGGCAAAUUGCGAAACCUGCGAUUGGUCGCAGCUCGAGAGACGGGAGGCACGAAGAUCUUGCGAGCCAAAGAUCCAUUAUGGAGCAAUCGCCUCCAGCAAUCAGGUCAUGAAGGAUGCAGUUACCCGCGACCAUCUCUCCAACGAACUGGACAUUAUAUGCUUCGAGAUGGAGGCUGCAGGGCUUAUGGAUGUCCUCCCCUGCCUUCCAAUUCGAGGUAUAUGCGACUAUUCAGAUUCUCACAAAGCCAAGGACUGGCAGAAAUAUGCAGCAGCAGUGGCUGCCGCGUAUGCAAGAGAAUUCUUGGAGGCUCUACCAGCAACUAACGAGGCACCAAGAGACUCUCGGCCCAACACCCAUUUUGGAAGCUAA